AGCUUAGCUUGCGCGUCGGUCGGCUGUCGGCUGUUGGUCAGUCAGUCAAUUCCGUCCGUCCGUCCAUCCAUCCAUCCAUUCACUCAGUUGGGAUCAACCACGCACGACAACAUGCAGGCAGGCCUGCAGUAUCUGUAGUGUAGGAUUUGUCAGUCAGAUUCGUAGCCAGCAUCGGAGCCACCCAUGCAGUUGAGUCGGUCCAUGUCAAAGUCCAUCUCGAACUCCUGGGUGGUCGAGAAAUCUGUGACCUGCACUCGUUCAUUGCACACACAGGGAGACACGGGCAGGGAGGGAACCCCGCCCUGCUCACGUACCUUGAUGUUCAGGGUGCAUUGUUUCGAGCUUGAAACUGUGCCUGUAGACGGAUGGCAACGGAGACAGACAGACCGACAGACAGACAGACCGACAGACAGACCGACCGACCGACAGACAGACAGAGAGGAAUGGCCGUCCGUACGCAAACAAGGUGUCCCAUCCCAGGUUGUGAAAAAGUACCCGGCGUGGGGAAGUGGACCUUGCCGACGUCGAGCGUGUGGACGGCGUCGGCGAGCGUGAAGGCCGCAACCAUGCAGUCCUUGCCGCCUCCGGUCGUGCACCGUUUCUUCGUUGCAGGCGUCUCGCACACGAAGUCCUUGACGAUCCGCGUUCCACUGCCGGUGCUGAAAAUCAUCUUGGUUUUCCUGCCGGUGUGUGGACACUGCCAGGCACACUCGCUGCCACCGCCGUCGGGCUCGUCGCCAUCGGGCUCGUCCACCGACUCGGUUCCUCCGAGGGAAAAGAGACACAGGCCGCCGUUUCUGCAAUCAAGCAACGCCUAGUACAUCCCCCCGCGCCAGGCCACCGCCCGGCCACCGCACUGUGGGCGCAGACUGCACACUUACUCGGGCUUGAAGGUCUUACGCAUCAGGGUCCUGACGUAGUUGACUAGUGUGUCGAUCCCAGGCUGCACGACCUCGCUGCUGGCACCGAUGGCAGCCCCACCGGCACCGCUUGUGCUGUUGGUGAGCACCGAGCCCUCCACAGGCAGGAGGGAGGCCAUGAUGAUGACACCAACAGAGAACAACAUUGCAGGCGUCCCCAUUGUCCCGCGUGGCAGGGGCAGCUGACUUCUGCAGCUCAAGAGUCUCAAGCAGACCGUCUAACCACCCCUUUUAGCGACAAGGGUCCAAUCUCGGCGGCAG